CUCUUCUGUGCUCCACGUCAUCCAGGGGAAGGUGAGAGUUUAGCCUAGGCUACACACCUUUUUUUUGGGCAAGUUUUUUCCGGCUUUCCCCACGUUAUUUCUGACGGAUCAGUUUCUGAUACUUUUCUAAUGUUUUUAACGCAUUUCUAAAAAUAUUUCUUCGCUUUUUUUAGACAAUAUUUUGGGCUUUUGGUAGUCGCCCUUUUAUUCUGAAGGGCCCGGCGGAAGUGGAGAAUGCUGCCGUGAGUAGCCGAUGAUUGUGUUUUAGAUAAUUAAAGUCUCGGUUCAGAAGCAGAACCGGGUUUUUAUUGGAUAGUUUUCGGAGUUCGGCUACAUCGGUCAGCUGUUCGCUCUGUUAGCUGUUAGCUCUGUUAGCUCUGUUAGCUGCUGUCCGGGCGGAACACUCCGCUAAGCUCCUGUUCUGUUAGCAGAGCAGCUAACUAACUAGCUAACUAACUAACUAUUAGCCUGAGUUAGCAGCUAGCAGUUAGCUCCCUGAUGCCGGCGAUGCUGGAGAGAAACCCGGAUGCUCCGGGGAAGAGGAGAGGCCGAGCCCCAGCGGGAAUCUCCUCUUCCCCGGGACUCGGGGGACCCGGAACCGGGGGGAAAAGUCUGUCCGGGAACGGAACCGGUACCAACAACUGCUGGGAAGAGGGGAGCUCCGGGUCCAGCAGCGACGAGGAGCAUGGUGGAGGAGGGAUGCGGGUCGGAGCUCAGUACCAGGCUGUGGUUCCGGACUUUGACCCGGAUGUGGCCCAGGCGGCUCAGCGCAGAGAGAACCUGGGCAUGUUGGUCUGGAUCCCCAGCAGCUGUCUGAACCAGACUCAGUUGGACGAGUACAUCGGCCUGGCCAAAGAGAAACACGGUUACAACAUGGAGCAGGCUCUGGGGAUGCUCUUCUGGCAUAAACACAACAUAGAGAAGUCUCUGGCCGACCUGCCUAACUUCACCCCGUUCCCUGAUGAGUGGACCGUGGAGGACUGGGUCCUGUUCGAGCAGGCCUUCAGCUUCCACGGGAAGAGCUUCCACCGCAUCCAGCAGAUGUUACCUGAUAAGUCGAUGGCCAGUCUGGUUCGCUUUUAUUACUCCUGGAAGAAGAGUCGCAGUAAAACAAGUCUGAUGGACAGACAGACCCGAAAACACAAGAGAGAGAGAGACAGUGACGAUGAAGUGGAAGACAGAAACAUGAACCCUCCCGGUGACUCAGAGUUACCCCCCAAUAAAGACGACAAGAAGGAGGUGAGUUGUGGGUCCGAGAGGUCAGAGGUCAAACCAGCUGCUGGACUCAAGACGGGCAGUAAGGCGUCCCAGCGGCUGAAGAAGCGUCCCCCCAGAGGGAUGUUCCUGAACCAGCAGGACGUGGUCUCUCUCUCGUCUUCGUCUGCUCAGGGAGUCAUCAGACAUCUGGACGGUCAGCUGGUGUCCAUCAAGAGACAGAUUCAGACCAUUAAACAGUCCAACAGUUCUCUGAAGGAGAAAAUCAUCUCAGGAGUAGACGAGUUCAGACAGCCCGAGGCGAAUCAGAAGUUUAACAAUCGUUGGACCACAGAGGAGCAGCUGCUCGCUGUACAAGCCAUCAGGAAGUAUGGGCGGGACUUCCAGGCGAUCUCAGACGUGAUUGGUAACAAGUCGGUGGUCCAGGUGAAGAACUUCCUGGUCAACUACCGCCGGCGGUUCAACCUGGACGAGGUCCUGCAGGAGUGGGAGGCGGAGCAUGGGCUGGAG